AUGUCCACACCCAAAAUACCGGCGGCUUCCCCUGGCAGCGCCUACUCAGACAGUUCAAUCGAAAUGCGAACGCCGUCCUUGAAGUUUAUAUACCGCCUCGAAUGCGAGAUGGCCAGAAGUAAUCACGUCGUGGGAGCUCAGUCUGGCACAAGCAAUGCAAGAGUCAUCAUGCCCAUCGUUGGUGGCACGGUGAAGGGACCUCAAAUCUCGGCAAUCAUAGAGCAGAUGAGCGGAGCAGAUUGGGGUCUCGCUAUUGGAGGAACAGGCCUGAUGCGUCUGGACGCGCGAUAUACACUGAAGACCGACGAUGGACACUACAUCUAUAUUCGCUCAAAGGGGAUUUUUAAGCCUGGCCCCGGUGUGAAUAUCGACCCUGAAACGCGUACUCGCAUGACCCAAGAUGAAGUGGAAUGGUUUACCCGAUUGCAGUUCGAGGCUUCUGAACCAUACGACUGGAUGAACAGUGUCUUCGGAAUUGGGGUGUUGGCGAUGGACGAGAGCAAGAUCUUGAUAGAUGCUUAUGAGCUGACGAACUUUAUGUGA